AUGCAGCGCUUUUUUAUGGUACAAAUGCUCCUCCUUGUGGGGUUGCAGGUCGUGGCUGCACAAUUCAACGGCUUCUUCGAGAAUAUGUUCGGAGGCCACCAUCAACAUCAGCAGCAACAGCAGCAACAGCAGCAACGUUCCGGGGCCUCACAGUGGGCUGCAUACUCAGACGGUGUGGCAUGUUCACAGUACAUGUGUCCGGAAACGUUGGACUGCGUUCCGAGGCCGUCCGAUUGCCCGUGCCCCAACGCGGAAGACAUUAAAUGUAACAUACCCGACGCGGAUGGAGAAGGCUCGACCUUUGUCUGCACGCGUGGACCGAACGAUUGUAGGGAGGUAGAAAGGUUGAUGAGGAAAGAGAGCAGUUUUCUCGAUACAUCUCUUUCUUGA